AGUAAUAUCAUCUCAUACAUUUCCCUUUCACUCUGGUUCUUCAUCCAUCCGACAACAAGAUCAGCAGACUUUUCCCGUGCGACAAACCCUCCCAUCAUCCCAAACCGCUCCAAAUUUCUCAUACCAGCUUCUAAGCUUGUAAAGGAACCGCCGUCACCAAUCACAAUGGCGAUCGACCGUAUUGUGCAGUUCGUCCUCCGCGGAGCUCAGCUCGUGUUCGCAGCCAUCGUGGCUGGUAUCACCGGUGCCUACCUCCACGCGACCCAAAACACCUCGUCGUGGGACAAUGGCCGGUACAUCUACACCAUCGUGGUGGCCAGCUUGUCGCUUCUCUUCGCCUUGAUAUGGCUCCUCCCCUUCUCGGGAAGCUUCAUCCAUUGGCCCAUGGACAUCUUCCUCAGCAUCCUCUGGUUCGUCGCUUUUGGUCUGCUUGUCAACCUUGUCGGUGAUGGUUGCGGUCCCAUCUUUGAUUGGAGUAAUGUCAGCCCCCGCGGUGACGCCUGCGGUCGCAACAAGGCCAACAUCGCUUUCUGCUUCCUGUCCGCCAUCGUCUGGCUCGCCUCUGCCCUCGUCGGUCUCUUUUGGGUCCGUCGUCGCACCGCCGUCGCCGAUAGCCGCCCCGCUCACACCGGCCGCCGCCGCUGGUACCGCUCUUCGCGUGUCUAA